AUGGCGCCGACCAAGCUGACCACGGUGGCGUCAAAGAAGACCAUCCAAGAUUCGUUUCACGGGGCGUCAACGAGGCGUGCCUAUGAAACGUAUCACAAUCAGUUCGUUGCGUUUCUUAAAUCGACCAAGCGCGGAGCUGGUCCUCGAGAGGCAGGCACAGUGGAGUGCACAGAUUUCUUCCACCACAUGUACACACAAGGACGUAAAUCACGCAUCAUAGACUUGGCCAAGUCGGCUCUUGUCGCAUACUUUGCUCCAAUGAGGAAGUACAACAAGCAACACAAUGUGGACGAAGACCGCGCACGAGCUAUCGACACUCAUGAACGCUCUGGCGCACCUCCACCAUUCCGAAGUUACCGUAUCAGCGAAGUCUUGACUCUGCGUUGGAAUGAUGUCGACAUCGUGGGCGACGCAAAUGGCCGAUACCUGUCCGUUCGUCUCCGUUGGCACAAAAAGGUGAAUAUGGAAGAGGACUGCCAAGUAUACCAUCUCGUGGACGAGAUGACCUUUCGAUGCUUGCGGGUCUGUGGAUUCUAUGACGAGCACAUCGCAAAGGUGAGAAAUGCCGGUGCCGGUGUCAACAUCAGCAGCAGCACCUUUGUGUUUCCCAACUUUGUGGACCAGCAGUCUGGACGUACCCCGAUCCUUCCGAUCGCCAUUUCUCUGCACAGUCUUCGUCGAGGCGGCACGUUUUUUCGCGUCUUCGAAUCCAAGGAGCGGCACUUCAACUUCCGCGAGUUGAUGGCUUGGUGCCGUUGGGCGGAUGCUAAGACAUGCUGUGAGUACCUCAUCACUCAAAGUAUCAGCAAGGAGAUCGACCCAAGGAAUCUGCUUCGUACCGGAAGCGAUCCCAGCCACAUACAAUGGCAGACCGGUAGUGUUGCAGUGCCGGUCGGUUUGGGGUUCUCUGUUGACGAUCUUGGCCAAGCGCUGGCCAAGAACUUACACGGCCAAGUACCUACGGCGCGGUCGGCACUGGAGGCAUGGCAGCAAUGGUUCGUCGCAGACCCCGCCAUUGGUCUUGUGUGUGCUCUCAAGGACUACACAAAGGAAAUGAUACGCAUGGACAGGAAGAAGUACUCUGAACGUAUCACACUGGGAACGGCGUUUAGCAAGUACCAAACUUAG